CAAACGAAAACAACCGAGAUUUCACCCAAGUGCAAUGUCGGAACUGAAGGUGAAAACAAACCAGAUGGAACUUCUGCCUCUAAUGGGAAAACUUUGACUGAAGAAGGAAAAAGGACAAAUUUAAAGACUGAUGGAAGGCAGCCUACUGAAUUAGACAAUAAUUCAAACGAAAAAACAAGAUUGGAAAAAGAGACAAAGCAACCGGGAUCUAACGAAAUUUCGCAAAAGUCCAAUGUCGGAACUAAUUGUGAAAUUAAACCAGAUGAAACGUCUGCCUCUAAUGGGAAAACUUUGAGUGCAGAAGAGAAAGUGCUGAGUCUAGAGUCUGAUGGAAGGCAGCCUGCUGAAACAGACAAAAAUUCAAACGGAGAAACGAAAUUGGAAAAAGAGACAAAGAACCAAAUUGAGAAGGCGCAUACCGGAGAUGAUACACGGGCACAUGCAAACAACGAAACAGAUGGUCAAAGAAGCCCUUUCAGUUCGAUCGGAGACGGAAUUGACGUUGUGUUCCACAUUCUUAUCCCAACAAGUAUUAUUUCGAAUAGCGAAAAGGUGUUCCUAAUCGUAGGUUUAAAAGAAUAUGGGGGUUGGAAGAGUAGACAAAAUGAGUUACAUCUUGUAAGCAAAAGAACUGACUAUGCCGAAAUGCAUAUAACUUUGAAAAUGAGAAGGUUUGAACUUGAACGCUAUAUUUACUACAAGUAUGCAGUGGCGAGUAAUAGUAAUACGGAAGACUUAUGUGAAUGGGAAAACUACCACUGUCAUUCACAUAUUAACAAGCACAACAACAGAACAUUAUAUGUACCAUCACGUAUGAGUUCAAAUAAAGGCAAGUAUGCAAGUGGUUGGCCGUUGUGAUGAAAGUACCGAGAUAAGACACAUUUUUAAAGCAAGCCUGUAAAACCCAUCUAAACUGAAUAAAACGUCAUACAUAUCUUCACAAUAAGUGAAGGUUCAAUACCACUUGUAAUUCUCUAUAUUAAAUUUUGUCAAUGUUUGCACUAAGACAAUAUUCAAUAAAAGUCCAGUUACUAUAGACGUUACCACUAAUAGAAACUUUAUUCAUGUCUGCCAAUGUUUGAUUACUUAUUCUUGCAUUUAUAGGACGACUUGGGCUUCCGUUGAUAGUACCCAUGUCGGCACCCCAUGCCAGAUGACUCUCGUUCUUUACGAGACAAAUAACUAUUCGUGCAUAGAUUAUGUAUUGUUCAUGUAAAUUUCGAUAAAAAUCAAAUGCCUUGAUAGUUGCUGUCAUUUUCUUUUCAGUAUAUUUUUCGAUUUAAAGUAGAACGUUUUACAAAAUAACAAACAAAAAAAAACAAAAA